AUGCCAUUUGCAACUGAGCUCGAAAUUGACAAGAUUGAAUGGAGGACACUGCGCGAGCAAUACCGGAAGGUAUCGCUCCAGAAUGGCGACCGAACUCAGGUCCACAUGAAAGACCAAGGGAAUAUUGGCUUCGAUGAUAUCAAACAGCGCACUGAGUUGGAGUUUGCUACUUCGAUGAUCAUAGUAUACUGCUGCCGAAUCGACUGCGGUGAUCGGAUCCCCGUUGCAACCGAUGUUGGCAAAUUACGAAGCUGA